GUCACGGAUGGUGUUACCAUUGACCUCCCCUACUGUGCUGUUCUUAACUGCCAGGAGCCCCUCAUCCAGGGGCGGAAUUGGUACUGUCAGACGCAUCAAGGACAUUUGGAUGAGUGUGCAAUUGAGGGUUGCAGUGGUGUAACAACCUGUGGGUUUAUGACGUGCAUUGACCCCUGCCAUCGCACCUGGGAAGCAAAAUGUCGGUGUUAUCAGAUAUAG